AAGAGCUACUUCAGUCAGCCUCUUGGACACUAAACUACGCAAGCCUCUGCAGUGAGAGUAGCGCCACGUGAAUUCUUCGCUUUCAUUUUCAACGAAAACGGUGCAAUGAUGUUUCCAAGUGUUAUUGCACCUGCGAUGUAUCCGCACUUUCUGCGGCCCUCGGCGGCGCUUUCCUUCCCUCCGUCUUUACAGACGGCGUUUGCUACGCACUCUAGUUUCCUCGUGGAGGACCUGUUGCGGAUCAGCAGACCAGCAAACUUAAUGCACAGGAACAUCCCAUCUCCAAGUGCAUCUCCUCCGGCCACGGGAGCCACAACUCUGAAUAACUCCUCUGCAGUCCACGAUGUCAUGACUACAUCAUUGUCAAAAAGAUCAAGCUCACCACAAACAUCGAUUUCCAACAACGAUCCAAAUUACUUGAAAUUUGGUGUCAACGCGAUUCUUGCGUCAACAACGCGAAACGCUUCACCACCACCUUCAGUGCAAGGGAUGCACGCGAAAACAUUUCCUUUCCCAUGUUUUGAUGGCUCAUUCCACCCAUUCAUCAGAGCAACAUAUUUCCCAGCAUCGUCUUCAGCAGUCCCUAUUCCCGGAACUUUCGCUUGGCCUCUCACAACUCGAGGGAAGCCGAGGAGAGGAAUGCUCCGACGGGCCGUAUUCUCAGACGUGCAGCGCAAAGCUCUGGAAAAGAUGUUCCAGAAACAAAAAUACAUCAGCAAACCAGACAGAAAGAAACUGGCGACAAAACUUGGCCUCAAAGACUCUCAGGUAAAAAUAUGGUUCCAAAACCGAAGAAUGAAAUGGCGUAAUUCAAAAGAAAGAGAGCUUCUGUCAUCUGGAGGUUGCCGGGAACAAACUUUACCUACGAAAAUGAACCCUAACCCCGAUUUAAGCGACGUUGGAAAACAGUUUGAAAAUGACGUUGCUCUAAUAGAAAGCCCGCGCGCGCCUUUCUGCCAGUCUCGCGAGCUCAUCCAUGACGCAGAUUUACAUUUCACGCCAUCUUCCAACUCCAGCAAGCACUCGGACUUUUCAGAAUCAGAGGACGAAGAAAUAACCGUGUCAUAAUCACACUUAACUUAAAAAAAGAAAUGUUUUUGUUUGUACUUUGGUUCACACAACGGUAGAUGUGUAGGCCUACUUCAACUUGUGAACUUAACUGAUAGGGAACAUUACAGUUGAAAACGUUUCAUUUUGACCUAACUGCUGCGUUUUGGCAGCUUGUAUAAAUUGUUUUGUAUGAAUAUUUUGUAUGAAUUUUUAUACCAAGGUUAUUAUACUCUUUCUUGAUGAUUUUGGAUUCUCUUGUCUAUAAUCUAAAAU